AAGUAGUUUGAGUCUUCGCCUCGGAUCCCCAGCGUUAUGUCGUGAUCGGUAGGAGACUGUGUUCCACACUUUCCCCUCCCGACCAACCUGACAGCUUGCUUUAUUCUACCUGGAGGAGCCCGACGCUUAUUAACCCUUUUGAGGAAGUCCUCCACUUGCUCCUCAGUGUCACUUGCAUCACAGUCUCUUUAUAAAAUUCUCUCGACCGGGUGAGAGACAUUCCAUUCAGGUUAUUGUGUGUCGUUGGGUUGUAGGGAGGGAUAGACGUGAGACACCUCUCAAAAGCGAAGCAGAAUAGGGAGUGGAGGAGAGAGACAAAGGGCAGUGAAGGAACUGGAUUGGGUUUUGACAGGGGACGAAGGCAGACGGAGAGGUCUGAAUCUGAAAGCAAUCGACACUUAGAAAAGAACACGAUGCUCUAGCGAUUGCAGGGUGUUGGUUUGAAACAAAAUCUGGGAGCCAUGGCAGCGCAGUCGUGGAUCAGGGGGAAAUUGCUCGGUGCAGGCACUUUUGGGAGUGUGAAUCUCGCGAUUAACAGAGAAAAUGGUGAAGUGUUUGCCGUGAAGUCCGUGCAGGUUACUGAACGCGACUCAAGGUCAGAGGUCGCGGUCAGAGCAAUCGAAAACGAGAUCGAUAUAUUGGAGAAAUUGGAUUCGAAGUAUGUCGUGCGCUGCCUGGGAAGCGAUUGGACCGAAGAGAGUGGUCAACUGAUGCGCAACGUGUUUUUGGAGUACAUGCCUGAUGGCUGCUUGACGGAUUUUGUGAAGCAGUUCGCGAACUGCGGGGCUUUGAAUGAGCACCUGCUCCGGAAGUACACGCGCAGCAUCGUGGAGGGGAUUGAUUACCUGCACAGCAAUGGGAUUGUGCACUGCGAUAUCAAGGGGAAGAACAUCUUGAUUGGAAACGGUAGCGUGAAGUUGACAGACUUUGGAUCCUCCAAGAGAGUUGGCGGGGCAAUGGAGAGCGACGUCAUGAAUUGCUCUGCCACGGUGAACGGGACACCGUUGUGGAUGGCGCCGGAGGUUGUGAACCAGGUGGAGCAAGGUCCUGCUUCGGAUAUUUGGUCCUUGGGAUGUACCGUGGUUGAAAUGGCUACGGGUCGAGCUCCAUGGAGCAACUUCGCCAAUCAUUACGCUGCCCUUUACCACAUUGGGUGCACUGACGAGCUCCCUGAAGUGCCUGCUUCGCUUUCCGCAGAGGCGCACGACUUUUUGUCUCACUGUUUCCAGCGAGAGCCUUCCAAGCGAUGGACUAGCACCCAGCUGCUCCAGCAUCCCUUUUUGACCACCCGGUUUGUGGCAGCAGCUCCUGCUGUUUCGAAAGCGGCCUUGUCCCCAACUACAGUUUUGCGUCUCCCCGUAGACUCUGACUCUGACGCUUAUGAGUCUUAUGUGUACGCUGUGCCAACUCUCGCUGCGCCUGCGCCUUCUCUUUUCAAGCGAGGAUUGGUGUGCGCCAAACCUAAGUCGCAAGAACAGGUUGAAGAAGAUUGGUGGAGCACCUCUGCCAGCCCUGAUUCCGGGCCUUGGAUCGUUGUGCGAUCGCCGAGAAGCUCGUCUCCUGCUAAUUUCUUCGUGGCUUCGGAAAUUGAAAUCCUACCCGUUUCCAUUGAAACUCCACUUGUAAGCCAGAAGGUUGGGGACCGUGAACCCAACUUUAUCAGCUCAGACGUGCUUGUGGAACAAAGCCCCUCCGGCUUCGUUUUCAUGGCAGCUUCAUGCAGUUGCUCUUCAAUGUGUUUUGAGACUUCUUCACUGGAGUCGGUGGUUGAUAUUUGCGACGCUGGAGAAUCCUCACCCGUCUGCAAUUUCGCCAUUUCCGAAAUGGGUGUCGGAGGAGAAACUAGUGUAGCUGAUGAUUUCGUUGGAUUGUCGGUGUGGGUGUCGGGGGAUAAUCGGUGCUCCGCCAAGGAUGAAGAAACACCUAAUUAUGGUUUAAGUUUAGCAUUCGGUGCUGUAAUCGACACCGCUUGUGACUCGUAUUUCGAGCUAGGAAGUAUUUAUCAGUAUUCAAAUUCACAGAUUCUUAUUUAUUGGCAUUACAGGCUUGAUAGUAAAGGCUCACGCACAAGUAGAGAAUUGACAUGUUGGCACCUUCAUUAUGUCAAUCAAUGUGUUUUACAAACUCCAUGUUCAAUGCCAGUGAAACUUCAUAGACAACAUCUCUCGCCUUUUGGCUCGUGUGUGUGUAUGUAUGUAUGUAUAUAUGUGUGUGUGUUUAUUUUAGCGCAUUUGGUUACAUCAGUCAUCUCUAGUUAUCUCGGUCAGCAAGCUUUUGCUUAAUUGAUGUUAGCUGCU